AUGGAUCCCAUAAUGGAUGUAAUAAAAAAUUCAGCGGAGCCUGAAUGGCUUGAAAAGACAAUAGUAGGGGAAUUACGAGUUUGGCAAAUAAUGUUCCUUUGCUUAGCCGGUGUCACUUCUUUGAUCGUGAUGGUUUGCUGCUGUUUCCGUUUCCGCAUCCCGCGCACGAAGCAGCAGAUCGAAGCCGACUACAAGCGGCGGAAGAUCACGACUAAGUUCCGGCAUGAGCUCGAAACCAUUCAAGAUUCCAAAAUGGACACCAUUUCCCUCAAAGAUGCUUUGGUGCUGCUGAAUGAGAAGACCAAGCCAAUGGAGUGCGAGAAUCAGCAGCAAUCCCAGCCUAGCUCCAUCAUGUCGCCACAACAAAGCUCACUAGAAGCUUCCUUCCAGCCCGAUGGAGGACAGAAGCCGGAGCCGCAAGCAUCUGGGCUAAACUUCGCUAAGUACGCUACCAAAGUGGCCAAUUUGACGAAACUUGGCCAACCAAAGUCGCCCACUUCACCGACCACUUCAGAUAAUAAGAUGGAUUUUUAAGCAAAGUUACUUAGACUUGUUUAGAGAAACACGCUUUCCGCUUAAAGAUUGUAUCUACAAUUUCUGGCUAGAAUAUAGAUUUACAUACCUUCUAACUAUCCGUAGGGUGAUAGAUGUAAAUGUAAACAUAUAAAAAAAAUGCCGACCCAAACUGCAAAGACGUAGUACGACAAGUGCGUAAUUUUUUUUCAUACUAUCUAAUACCGUAGAACCUUUUUUGUUGUCACAUAAUUCCGUGUCUACCAUUUUAACUUGAAAACAUAAUUUAUGGUAGACACCGCGUAUUUCCUGAAAAAAACUAGUUAUUUCUCUUGAAGUACGGUAAGUAGGUACCUAUUGAUCUCAGGGAAAAGUUGUCGAACUAAAGUUUUUCAAUAUUGAGAUAUUUUUAAAGCU